AUGGACAAGAUGAACCAUAGCUCAGCUGAGGCGGAGGCUGAAACCAUAGAACCACUGCGUUACCUCAGUAAAGGGGAGGUGGCAUCUAUCGAGACAGAGCUCGUGAGGGACUACAAGUUUGGACAACAGCAGCUGAUAGAGAUUUGGGGACAUGCCUGUGCUCUUGCCAUUACCAAGGCCUACCCUCUCAACUCUCUAGCAAAGAAACAGCCAACAGUGCUGGUGAUCUGUGGUCCAGAUCAAAAUGGCUCCAUUGGCCUUGUGUGUGCCAGACACCUGCGCAUAUUUGAAUAUGAGCCCACCAUCUACCACCCUAAACGCUCCCCUCACAGUGUACACCAGGACUUUACAGUUCAGUGUGAGAAGAUGGACAUCCCUUUUCUCUCUUAUUUGCCCACAGAGGUGCAGCUCAUAAACGAUGCCUACAAUCUGGUGAUUGAUGCCAUGCUGGGCCCAGAGGCAGACCUUGCUAACAUUAAGGAGCCCUACUCUGGUAUUCUGGCCACCCUGAAGCAAGUGAAGACCCCCAUUGCCAGUGUGGAUGUGCCCUCAGGUUGGGACGUAGAAGAAGCAAGCCAAGAUGGGAUACACCCUGAAGUUCUCAUCUCACUUACAGCACCAAAGAAGUGCGCCAUGAGUUUCUCAGGGAAGCAUUUCUUAGCCGGGCGCUUCCUGCCCUAUGACAUCCAGAAAAAAUACGAGCUUAACCUCCCAGAGUACCCUGGCACAGACUGUCUCAUAGAAUUGUAA